CUAUCUCAGAGGAGAAAAGGGCAAAGCUCAAACCAAAGGAGAGUCUGACGGUGGGGAUGUUUUCCUAAAUUGGAUGUGUUGUCUUUGAUUUGGGUGAUUGCUUCAGUAAUCUCUCCUCUCUCCAUUAAUUUGAUUUUUUAUUAGUGGGAUUUGAUUAUCUUGAUAAUGUUAUCAUGUUGUAAUUGGAGUGCAUAUUGUACCAUUCUUAGUGGGUAUAUCUAGUGCUUUCACUGCUUGAAGCCACUAAGAGAUUGGUCAACCUGGGUUCAACACGCAUAGGAAAAGGGAAUCCAGAAUCUUUAUCAAAAAAAAGAAAAAAGAAAAAGAAAGAGGGAAUCCAGAAUCUGAUGAAAUGAGAAAAGCCCACACGCUAAAACUUGUUCUUCCUCUGGCUUCUGCUGGCUCUUUGCUCAUUCUUGUGCUUGUGAUCUUCUUUUGCUGCAAGAGAAGAGCAAGAAAUGAGUUGCAUGACGUAGAGAGCAAAGAGCAGAAGCAGGUGGAGGAAUCAGAGCUGGAAGCUUUGGCUACUUUCAGUGGUGGCCAAGACCUCACAAUUUGUGACAUUCUUGAGGCUCCUGGUGAGGUGAUAGGAAAAUCCAACUAUGGCACCUUGUACAAGGCCUCGUUGCAGAGGAGCAGCAUGGUGAGGCUACUCAGGUUUUUGAGGCCGGUGUGUACCAUUGGAGGUGAAGAAUUUGAUGAUACCAUUCAGCUCUUGGGAUGCAUCAGGCACCCAAAUUUGGUUCCUCUUCUGGGAUUUUAUGCAGGGCCAAGAGGGGAAAAGCUUCUCAUACAUCCCUUUUAUAGACGUGGUGAUCUGGCUCAGUUCAUUAGAGAUGGGAGUGUUGAGCCUCAUAAAUGGACCAUCAUUUAUAGGAUUUCAAUUGGUAUAGCGAGAGGAUUGGAACAUCUUCACACAGGAUUGCUAAAGCCAGUAGUCCAUGGAAAUCUCAAGUCCAAGAACAUACUUUUGGAUCGCAAUUACCAGCCUUACAUCUCCGACUUCGGACUGCAUCUCCUCUUGAAUCUGACCACUGGCCAAGAAAUGCUUGAAGCUUUGGCAGCUCAGGGCUACAAAGCUCCUGAGCUUAUCAAAAUGAGGGAUGCAAGUGAAAAGACUGACAUAUACAGCCUUGGCAUAAUCUUGCUUGAACUACUUUCUGGAAAGGAACCAGUGAAUGAGAAGCCAACUGCUGAUGAGGAUUUUUAUCUACCAAAUUUCAUGCGGAAUGCAGUUCUUGAUCAUAGAAUUGCAGAGCUGUGCCACCCUGACAUACUUCCAAGAAACAGCAGAGAAAGGGGAAAUCCAGUCACUGAAGAAGUCAUUCUCAAAUUCUUUCAGCUCGCCAUGGCUUGUUGCUCCCCUUCACCUUCUCUUAGACCUGAUAUCAGACAAGUACUCCAGAAGCUUGAAGAAAUUGAGAGAUAGCUACUUAUCCAUUUGGCAGAAAAAUGUGCCAGAGUAUUGGUAGGUCACUGCUUUAUUGAUUUCAGGAGAAGUUUCUGAAGUUAAGGCUUGUGAAUCAUUGUUCUCAUCUCCUGAAAAUAGUGAUGACUAUGAUGAUGUUGACGGUAAGGGCAAAGCAAAUUGGGUAUUCUUUUCUAAAAAAAAUGUAUGAAUAUUGGCUACAGAACAAAUGGCUCUACAAUUGGUGAGGCUGACAUUUACAGAGAAAGUUUCAUCUCAGGGAAUUUGCUUGAAGUAAAAAGUUUCAAUACUUCUUCAGCCAAGCAACUGGAUGUAGAAUUGGUGAUUGGUUUUGUCUGAUUCUGGGAUUUUCUUCUUGCUGAAGUACUAAUAUGACAAGAUAUUUGGAGGCAUGUAAAUCCAAACAAGGACCAUGUAUUGACAGAAAAAAUGUUUCUCCUUGUCUCCAACACUUGAAGCUAUGAUGAUCUUUUUGAGUACAUAACUGCUUCAACUACCAUGCAGAAUAUUUUGGCUCUUUGGAUUGAAACCAAGAAAAGAUGUGAUUUUUCAAAUCAGGUUAGCCUCUAACCUCUCCAAGAAUGAUAUUGUAAUCAAAUAUUUAAUUCCUUAUUUCGUUCUUUCUUCAUUCUUUGGCUCAUUCCUUGUACAAUAACAGCAUUAUCAUUGUAAUUUGUUGGCUAGGAGAUUUAUUCCCUUCUAAGAUCUUGUAGCCAAUUGUUAAAACUUAAAUGUAUAUUUGUCCAGAUAUAUAGCUGAUUUAUUGAAUCAAAUGUUUUGUCGUGU